AUGACAGCCAGAACCAUUUACCUCAUCACGUCCCGCAAUGCGGAAGUCCAACGGGCGCAUUUUGCCAUCUUUGUUCCUUCCGCCGCACAACCAGACCAAGGAACGUUGAUCGAGGCAGUCGGCGCACCGAUGACCGGCUACACUCUGGAAUUCAAGCGAAACUAUUCUCCCAUCAACGACACACAAGAGCAUUACUCGAUGAUACCGAUCGGAGAUGUCGACUCUGAACACAUCCUUGAUGCUACAACUGACGUGAAGAGCUCCGACAACGAACCGAGAGACAACCUCGAGAUCGCUGCAGCCCAGGUGCCGACCCCUGGACUGAGCGAGAAUUUCCUGGCACCAGUCAACGAUACCUCAAACAAGCGAUGCCAAGAAUGGACAAUGGAGUACAUCCGCCAUCUCGUCGGCAAACGACUGAUUGGAUCCGGUGCCAUACAGAUCGUCCAGUCCAAGCGUGAUCCACCGAACCAUGGGACGGGACUACAACCUGCUUUACGGCGUUCAAGCUAG